AUGUCGGCCAGUACGAGGACCGUCCUUGCUCCCAUGCCGGAUGCUCCAAAUCGUGAAGAUCUAGACGCAACAUGGAAAUACUUAGAAAUGGGCGUAUCCAAGAUCAUGACCAAUCUGCAAGAUGGUAUGGACAUGAAAACUUAUAUGGGGGUUUACACAGCGGUCCAUAACUUCUGCACAUCACAGAAAGCUAUCAGCAGCACUCAGGCGGCUCUUAUGGGAAGUCAACAUCGAGGAGCACAUCUACUCGGGGAGGACCUAUACCAGAACCUUAUCAAAUACCUGACCACCUAUCUUACCGAAUUGGUCACUGCCUCUAAAACACAUGCUGACGAAGCCCUUCUCACCUUUUACAUUCGCGAAUGGAACCGUUACACAACCGCAGCCAAAUACAUCAAUCAUCUCUUCAGAUACCUGAACAGACAUUGGGUGAAGCGGGAAAUGGAUGAGGGCAAAAAGAACAUUUAUGAUGUCUAUACGCUACAUUUGGUACAAUGGCGGGUCACUCUGUUUAGCGAAGUCCAUGAAAAGGUCAUGGACGCGGUGUUGAAGAUGGUCGAAAAGCAGCGAAACGGUGAGACGAUUGAGCACGGUCAGAUUAAGAGCAUUGUACUUUCAUUUGUCUCUCUUGGUCUGGAUGAAGCCGAUCCCACCAAAUCAACGCUCGAUGUUUACCGAUACAAUUUCGAGAAACCCUUCUUAGCAGCAACGAAAUCAUUUUACGAAGCCGAGUCGAAACAGUUCGUGGCCGAAAACAGCAUCGUUGAGUAUAUGAAGAAAGCCGCAGUCCGAUUAGAUGAGGAGGAAGAACGAGUGAACGUGUAUCUUCAUUCCGACAUCCGCUCGCCGUUAAUGAAACAGUGCAAUGCCUCGCUGAUCGCUGACCACAUCGGUAUUCUACGGGAUGAGUUCCAAGUACUGCUCGAUAAUGAUCGGUAUGAUGACAUGGAACGCAUGUAUAAACUUCUUCAACGCAUACCAGAGGGGUUGGAGCCACUACGAUCGAAAUUCGAGGCGCACGUACGCAAGGCCGGUCUUGCGGCAGUCUCGAAGGUUGCCCUCGAUGCCGAAAAGCUUGAGCCAAAGGUGUAUAUUGAUGCUCUGCUUGAAAUCCACACCCAAUACCAAGGACUGGUAAAGACAGCCUUCGCGGAUGAGCCCGAGUUUACUAGAUCACUGGAUAAUGCAUGUAGGGAGUUUGUCAACCGCAACCAAAUAUGCAAGUCUGGGUCCAACAAAUCGCCUGAGCUCCUGGCCAAGUAUGCAGAUGCGGUGCUUCGAAAGGGAACCAAUGGCUCUGAGGAGAGCGACCUUGAGAAUACUUUGAACCAGAUCAUGACCAUAUUCAAGUAUAUCGAAGAUAAGGAUGUUUUCCAGAAGUUCUAUGCUCGUAUGUUAGCCCGACGAUUGAUUCACACCAGCUCUUCAUCAGACGAUGCGGAGACGAGCAUGAUUAGCAAACUGAAGGAGCAAUGUGGGUACGAAUAUACCAACAAGUUGCAACGCAUGUUCCAAGACAUGCAGAUCUCCAAGGAUUUGAAUACUGGUUACAAAGAGUUCGAGGCUCAGAUGUUGGCAGAUAGCGGUAGCCAUGAGAAGCCAAUUGAUGCUUCGUACGCCAUUCUUGGUACCGGAUUCUGGCCUCUCAAUGCACCAAACACCGACUUCACUCCGCCUGCAGAAGUCUCCAGAGCUUAUGAAAAGUUCCACACAUACUACGACCAAAAGCACAGUGGUCGAAAACUUACCUGGCUGUGGCAAUUUUGCAAAGGAGAGGUUAAAGCAAACUACUGCAAGAGUCAAAAGACACCCUAUACCUUUCAGGUCUCAACAUACCAGAUGGCUAUUCUCAUGUUGUUUAACGAAAACGACAAAAACACGUACGAUGAUAUUGUCAAAGCCACUCAGCUACAAGGAGAGGUCUUGGAUCCAGCGUUAGCCAUUUUCUUAAAGGCCAAAGUUUUCACGAUGAGCCCGGAAGGUGAUAAGCCUGGCCCAGGAAAGACUUUCAAUCUCAAUUACGACUUCAAGAACAAGAAGCUCCGGAUCAACCUGAACAUUGCUGUCAAGUCAGAACAGAAACAGGAGGUUGAGGAUACCCAUAAAACAAUCGAGGAGGACCGCAAGCUGCUCAUGCAGUCUGCCAUUGUCCGUAUCAUGAAAGCUCGCAAGAAGAUGAAGCACACAGUCCUUGUCAGCGAGUGUAUCAACCAGAUCCGAACACGCUUUGUGCCAAAGGUUCCGGAUAUCAAGAAAUGUAUUGAUAUCUUGUUGGAGAAGGAGUACUUGGAGCGUCUCGAUGAUGACGAAUUAGGAUACCUUGCAUGA